GUCAUCUCAUGAGUCUUACUUUUUGUAAUUUUCUUACCCCUGUAGUGAUUAUCAGAAGCAAUGAGCCAUCAUUGAAAGAUUACCCUUGUAGUGAGUCCAAUCAAGAAAGUAAAGGAAGAGAUGCAAAAACUGAAAGGGGAGGCACAAGCCAACAAGGAUCACAUGCUACAGUAUAAAGAAAUAGCACUAGUGAAUGAAGUUGUAUUGAAGCAAAUUGAAUCUGCUUAUGAAAAAUUCAAGGCUGAAGCUGACAAGCUAAAGAAGUCACUGGAGGAUGAAAUUCACUUUCUUAAGGGAAGGGUUUCAGAACUUGAAAGUGAUCUUUUGUCAAAGUCCACAGAAGUUACAUCUGCAGUUUCAGGGAAAGAAGAAGCUCUAUCUUCUUAUGAUAGGUUGAGCAAAGUGAAGUAUUGUUUAUUUAGAAAUGUGAAUGUAGGAUGCAAUGUAUGAUUUGAUUGCUAUUUGUAAUAAAUGCAUCAU